AGUGUAAGAUAGUACAUGAAUGUGCAUAAGCAUGCUUUACAUAGCAAAGCACUGAAAGCAGCAUGCUUUUCUCAUUGCAAACAAAGAGAAAUCUGUUGUGUGUGUAAGCAAGCCAAGGGAUCAAAGGACAAAACUCUGGAAUUACUGAAGGUGAUGAGGACAAUUGAUGACAGAAUAGUACAUGAAUUAAACACUACGGUUCCAACAGCUUCCUUUGCAGGGAAAAUUGAUGCCAGCCAAACCUGUAAACAACUUUAUGAGUCUUUGAUGGCAGCUCAUGUCAGUAGGGACAGAGUUAUUAAAAAUUGUAUAGCCCAGACCUCAGCAGUAGUAAAAAGUCUCCGAGAAGAGAGAGAAAAGAAUGUGGACGAUUUAACGUUAUUAAAGCAACUUAGAAAAGAACAGACAAAGUUUGUGUUGACCAGAUACUCUUGGAUGUGGAACUCUUGGAUGUGGAACUUGUGAAAACUGACUCUUCCUGUCCCAGCAGCUAUCAAGUGCUAAUAGCUCCUUAGCUAGAAGGUGGGACUUUGUGCCUACCUCUUCCUUCCAUGCUGGGAUUUUGUCUGGAUUGAGCUUGAGCAGGUGUUGUGCAUGCUGUCAAACAGUUACUGUGAGUUCAUGUAAACAACUGUCCUGCUGUUUGGAAAACACUGUUCCCUUGUGGUCAUCCGCCACCUCUGGCUCUUAUAGUCUUUCUGCUCCCUCUUCCAUUAAGAUCCUUGAGCCUUGGGGUGAGUGUAAUAAUGAUGUCCUUCCUGCAGUGUUUUUACUUAAGAAAAUAGCAUGGGCCAGCACAGUGGCUCAGUGGAUAAGGGUGCCUGCUGCCAAGCCUGAGUUCAGUCUCCAGAACCCACAUGUUAGAAGAUGGGAACCAACUCCCUGAAGUUGUUCUCUGACCUCUGUACACACACUGUGACAUGCUCGCCUGAUGCAUGUGUGUGUGUGCGUGCAUACACACACAAUAAAUAAUAAAAAAUACCAAGUAUUUAUUUACCCAUGGAUAUGUGAAAAGAAACCUUAUUUUUCCAUGUAAUAUAGAUAGGGCGUGAAUCUUAGAAUAUAGUUAAAGGCGCAGAACUGUUGCUUUCUAGCCCUUGUAUGUUGCAUGUCAAGAAAGCAGUUGGAAUACAUAAGAGAUAGUUGUUCUUUGGUGUCCUGGGGAUUGGAUCCAGGACCCACCUUCUACCCACUAGGAAUAUCAAAGUCCAAAGAUUCUCAUCCCAUAUGUAAAGUGGCAUAGUAUUUGUAUUCACUUAUCCUCCCUUAUAUUUUAAGUCACCCA